GAUCGAUGUUCCAUGUACUUAGCACAGGCAGUGAGCGUGUGUUUGCUUGAUCGAUCAUGCUUUAAGUGUUUGCCUUUGGACAUUUGUUUCAACAAUCCAUCCGUUAACAUCACUCGAUUGUCAUCGAGCCCCCCUUGUUUCCCCUGGCGUCGUUAUAAAUGAAGUACCAUGAGUGCCUCCGAAGCUCUUCCACCUUCAUCUUCUGCUUAGCCAUUGCGCAGGGACAACAUGUCAGGGACCCAGAGCCCAGCUGGGAGCUUGUUGGCUUCUAGUCACAACUAUGCAUCGGACAAUGGAAACCUCACUCGCAAGGGCCACAUCGAUCAAAAGGGUUCCGGGCUGAUAGCCAGCGCCUCCAUACCCGCCGGGACCCGCAUCCUCGCCGAAACCCCUCUAAUGCGCUUCCCCAUCGACUCGCGACCCGCACCCGGAGCCAUCCUCUCUGCAUACAGAUCACUCACGGACGCCCAAAGGGAGGCGUUCGACAGCCUUGAUUUCGAUCCCCCCGAUUCAGAAGAAGAACAGGGGUUGAACCAAGAAGAGUUGGAUGACUACUCGGCUAGCGAACCGUACAUCCUGAAGAUGAUGCUUGCGAAUUACACCGCCAACCAGAUCGGCGGCUGUGUAUGCACGAAAAUCAGUCAGUUGAACCAUGAUUGCCUGCCAAAUUGCCAGAUUGCGUGGAACGCGGGCAUCGGGAAGGUAACGGUCCAUGCAGUUCGGGAUAUUGCGAAGGAGGAAGAGCUCACCAUCUCGUACAUUGACGGCGCGAACAUGACAAAGGACAGCCGGCAGGAGAAGCUGAACGAAUGGGGCUUCCAAUGCCGGUGCAAGGCAUGCGCCGACACGGAAACGGGACGAGAACAUGAUGCUGUUCGCGAUACUCUCGAGUGUCAUCAGGAGUAUAUCAAGACGCAGUGGGAGAAGGGGUCGGCCAUGGAUGUCGAUAACUGCCACAGGAAUGCGGUCGAGAUGGCGGACUUACAAGAAGAAAACGGGAUUCUGACAAAAGAGCUCGCGGACUCAUACCACUUGGCGGCAGCGUUUAGCUGGAUGCUCGUGAAUCCAAAGGAGACGCUCGAAUGGGCUGAGAAACAAUGCGAGCGCGAGAAGCUCUGCCUGGGCGACGACCAUCCGGAGUACAAGCGCACGGUCGACAUCAUCCCCCUUAUCCGCUCCGCCAUCACGGGCUAUGAUGACUUCCAAGCCGCAAGGCGAGAGAGUGACCUAGCCAACCUAACGGCCGUCGUCAUGAAGAAGGCUAGGCCUAAGAAGUGCGGAGACUGGCGGGCGAAGAACCUGGUCAAGGCACGGUGGUGGACGAGAAGGGAGAUGGAGGUCAAAGAGGGGGAUGAGGAGUAUGAAGAAGUAGAGAAGCUGGAGCGUGAAUUGGAGUUUCUGGAGGAGAGGGUUAAGAAGAAAGGGGGGAAUGAGAGUGACGGCGUAACGGAAUAUAGGAAGAUUGAGGCGUGGUUGGAGAGGGAGUAAAUGAAGAAGGAUGAGGAGGCUGAGUUGGCUGAAAGCCCUGAAGUGAAAUUGUCUCUGUAGGAAAAAGACCAGGUCGG